GCCCGUCGCCGUCCGUCGCCGCCCGUCGCCGGUGGUGGUCACCGCCGUUCAUCACCACAAUUCCCUCUUUUUUCUGCUCAGUUCAUCAUGUCAACUUCUAGACCAGCCCCUGCCUCUACCCCUGUUCCUACCCCUGCCCCUGCCUCUGCCUCUGCUGGCCAUGUUGCUGGAACUGCUGCUCGUCCUGCAGCUGCUGUCCGUGCCAGUAGGAUUGAUCCAGGGUGGAAAUAUGUUACUGCUGUAGAAGAGGGAAAUACCAAUGACACCAUAUGUAAUUUUUGUGGAAAAAUUACGAGAGGAGGAAUUACACGGGCAAAGGAGCACUUAAUGAUUAAGCCUGGGAAUGUUGCUGGAUGUAAAAUGGUCCCAAAGGAUGUUAUUGCUGAAUUAUGGGAGUUCUACAACCAAAAAAAAAUCGAGGAAGACAAAGUUCUACGCCGGCAAGCACUGAGGAACAUAGUGUCAAUGCUAGGGAGCUUGAUUUAGAUAGUUUGGGCUUUGGAUUGUCAGAGGAAGAUGCUCAAGGAAUUGAUGAAAUUCCAAAUCCAACUCCAAUGGCAGCAGCUAGAGGGGGGGCAAGUUCUAUGAGAGGUCCAAUGGACUUGUUUAUGAAAAGACCCGAAAGUGCCACUGCAAGAAACAAAAAGGAGAAAUUGAGGCAACAGAAUAUCAAGGAAGCAUGUAAUAAGGAAGCGGUUCGUAGAGUUCAUCGAUACAUAGCCCGGUGGUUCUACCAAGCUGGGAUUCCAUUGAAUCCAGUGAGGUUGAAGAGUUUUCAAGAAAUGUUGUGGGCUGUUGGAAGCUUUGGUCCUAAUUUACCUGCUCCCACUUAUCAUGCUCUAAGGGUGCCACUCCUUAAUGAAGAAUUAGAAUACACCAAAGACUUGUUGAAGGGUCAUAAGGAACAAUGGGAAAAGUAUGGCUGCUCUAUUAUGUCAGAUGCUUGGACGGAUAAGAGACAACGGAGCAUUAUCAAUUUUCUUGUAAACUCUCCUGCUGGGACAAUGUUUUUGAAGUCUAUUGAUGCCUCUGAUUAUGUGAAGACGGGUGAAAAAAUGUUUGAGCUUCUUGAUGGUAUUGUUGAGGAAAUUGGGGAGCAAAAUGUUGUUCAAGUUGUAACUGACAACGGGAGCAACUAUGUUCUAGCCGGUAAGUUGCUGAUGGAGAAAAGACCGAAUUUGUUUUGGACCCCGUGUGCUGCCCAUUGUUUGGAUUUGAUGCUUGAAGACAUUGAGAAGUUACCGUUAAUCCAAAAAACCAUAAAAAGUGCCAUUUCUUUGGUUAGCUUCACUUAUAGCCACUCUAGCACUUUAUCUAUGUUGAGACAAUUCACAAAUGGCAAGGAAUUGGUGAGGCAUGCAGUCACCCGAUUUGCCACUUCAUUUCUCUCUUUGGAAAGGCUUUAUGAGGAGAAAGGAAAUCUAAGAAGAAUGUUCACUUCGGAUGAUUGGGUAAGGAAUAAGUUGUCAAGGGAGGCAAAAGGGAGGGAGGCAACAAAGAUUGUUAUUAGGCCCUGUUUUUGGAAUCAUGUCAAGUACACCCUUAAGAUCAUGGGGCCUUUUGUUCGGGUGCUUCAACUUGUUGAUGGGGAGAAGAAGCCGCCAAUGGGUUAUAUAUAUGAAGCAAUGGAGAAGGCAAAGGAAUGCAUCAUGAAAACAUUUUCUAAUGAUGUGAGCAAAUAUUCUGAAGUUUUUAAAAUCGUUGACAACAGAUGGAAUUGCCAACUUCAUCGUCCGUUGCAUGCAGCUGGUCAUUUUCUGAAUCCGGAUUUGUUUUAUGAUAAUCCUCGCAUUGAAUUGGAUUUAGAAGUUACAAAGGGAUGGUUUGAGUGCAUCACUAGAUUGGUGCCAAGUGUAGCUGUGCAAGAGAAGAUAUUGGAGGAGCAAGCACUAUAUAAGGCCGGCUAUGAACUUUUUGGAUCAUCCUUUGCAAAAUAUCAGAGGAAAAAGAUUUCACCCGCAUUUUGGUGGCGGACAUAUGGGCAUGAAACUCCAAACAUGCGAGACCUUGCUAUCAAGAUCUUGAGCUUGACUUGUAGUGCUUCUGGAUGUGAACGCAAUUGGAGUAUAUUUGAGCAUAUUCAUACUAAGAAAAGAAAUAGGCUUGAUCAUGAAAGGAUGGAGAGCUUGGUCUUCAUAAAGUAUAACCAACAACUCAUCGAGAGGUACAACCUUAAAGUGUUGAUUGAUGAUAUGCAAGUUGUUAGUGUGGUUGAGGUUUCGGGAGUUUUGGUGGAAGAGAGGUUGGACAUCAUGUUUCAUCAUGGGGGUGACUUCAAAAAGAAUGCAGAAGGAAUUAUGGUAUAUUAUCCGGACAACAAAUCCUGUUUAGGUGAUCUAGACACUGAUACUCUAGAUGUCUUCUUCAUACGGAACUACCAUAAGGAGCUUGGGUACAAUGACAUAAAGCAUUACUGGUGGCAUGUUCCUAGAAAAGGCUUGGAUAAUAGGUUGAGAAAUGUAAACGGUGACAAAGAGAUAAGAGAGAUAGUAAAUUGUGCUAGGACAAAUGAGGGAGUGAUUGAUGUAUAUUUCGAGCAUGGAGUGUCAGUGCCAGAGGUGUUAGAGGGAGAUAACACAGUUGUGUACUUGGAUGACGAUGGUGGAGAGGGGUGUAAUGCUCAUACAGAUGCUGAUGUGAGUCCCCCACUCAAUGAAACUCAUGCACUCAUAGUUGCGCCCACCCCGAAGGUUGUACCCAAUAGUUCUUGCAAAUCCAGUCCCAACAAAAAACAAGACAUCUCCAUGGCAAACACAACCAUCACACUCCAAAACCAAAGUUCACAUCACAUUUAA